CUUGCCCGAGCGGGAAGUUCAAACUGCUGCCUCCUGUGAUUUUUACUGCCGGGUCACCCAGUGGCCCCUGCCCGCUCAGUUGCCAGGAUUUGGAGGGCGUCUCUGCCAAAGCAUUUCUUGAGUCCAUGUUCUUCGGCGGAUGUGAUCAUUUUUCUUUAAGAAAUAUCACUUGCUAAAUGUCCAAGAAGAAUCCCUGGAGAUGCGCUCGCGGAAGAGCUGAGGACCAAACCCAGGGCCUUGCGCUUGCUAGGCAAGCGCUCUACCACUGAGCCAAAUCCCAAAGUAAGGCUGAAAAGGAACAAGUACUAUUAAGGUCAAGUUUUUACAGUGGAGUAAAGUCUGAGGGAGUCAAUCAAGGCAUUUUGUUAAGGAAGUUCAUUUUAGAUCAUUGACGUGUUUGUGGAGACGGUGCUACGAAGGUGUCACUCUCUAUCAUACUGAUGGCAGUUGAAGUGCAAAUGGUACUCUAUGAGGAUGACUCUGUGCAAGUGCAAUAUGCUGACGGCUCCAAAUUGCAACUUUCUCCUUGUGGCUCAGAAUUUCUAUUUGAAAAGGCACCUCUUCUUUCAGCACAUCCUUUAGAACAACCAGAGAGAAUUCGUCAACGGACACACUUUGCUAUUAGCACUUAUCGGGAGCAACUGCAGCGUGCCCUAGAUUUUCGAAACUCUUCGGCUACUUGCCCUUUUCUAUCUGAAAGCAUCAUACCUUCUGAAAGAAAAAAGCAUAUCUUCAUCGAUUUCUCAGACGUGAAGUGGCCCUGUCCUGAUACAUAUGAUAACACAUGUUUGGAGAGUGGUGCUGUGAAGAUAACAUCAUUAGAUGGACGUGCAUACCUUUGCCUGCCCAAAUCUCAGCAUGAAUUCACAGUACAUUUUUUGUGUAAAGUGAGCCAGAAACCGGACACAUCUGUAAUAUUGUCAGAAAAAAGUAAUCAGGCACCAAAAGAUAAAUUCGUUGAAAAGACCAGCAAAAUCUGUGCGUAUCAAAGUUUAUCAGGACAAAGAUUAAAGAAUAAAGAAAAUGAAGUUCAUUACCAGAUCUUGAAAUCCAAAGAAGCUUUAGAGAAGACACCUGUGAAUGGAAAUGAAGGGAGGGAGGAGCGGUCUUCACCGGGUACAAAGCACACAUGUGUAUACGCAUGGGUAAAGCAGUGUUGGCCUGUGGCCUCCUGUCCAGAGGAAUGGAAGUACCCAUUGUCUUUAGCACUUCAUUUUUAUAACAAAGUUAGUAAAACAGAUACAGAUUUCACCACAAGUAGUAUUUUAACUUCUGCUGUUCCAGAAGAAAGAGGAAAAGAGGUUUCUGUUCUUCCCAGGGCCUUGUUACUUAGCUGUCCUGCCCCACACCUGCACAGGUGGACUUUUUGUGAUUCACUUUUACAGAAACAGUUUGAUGGAGAAGAAUAUUCCUAUCCUGAACUUGUGAAAGUGGUUUGGUAUAAGGGUGUUACAUAUAGGCUUACCCAUAAAAAUGUGAACUCAAUAGAGAUUCAUCCUGGAGAUGGGUCAGUUUUCAAAUCAAAAGGAGCUUAUUUUGGUAACUAUUUUACAUACUAUUCAAGUCAAGAAGAAUCAGAAGAGAGAGAAGAGAAAACUUAUUCCACAAAUAACCUUCCUCCAGACAGACCAGGAAGCCUGUUCUCUGUGGGUUCUCUGAUUAAGCAGGCGACCAGAAUUCUUCAGCACUGUACCAGAGUAAGGCUUUCUCUAAGCCAUAACUAUCGUGUAUGCUGCUGGAAAAUGAUGCCUAAGGAAAACGAUAGCAAUAUCCUACCUGUGCUUGUGAAAGAAUCACUCAUCCCAAGUAUGGGAAGAUUCCUUGCCUAUUCUGAUGACAAAGUGCAUGCUGUCUUCUUAGAUGGCAUCACUCUAACACUAAAUUGGAAUUUCAGCUCCUCUUCCGAAAAACAAGUAAAUCCAGGUCUCAACUUAGGUUGGUGUAGAUUGACUUUUCCUGAUGGACAGAAUCAGUUAAUUCAGAUUAAGCAUCCUGGAGCAUAUGAAAGAUAUGUGACAGCAGUAACAUCAUGGUGCAGAAGACUGACCCAGACUAGUCCAAGACAGACGCCCACACAUCUGUCACCUGUUCUCAAAGAAAAUUGGUCUGUUGCAUCUGAACUCAGAAAAAUACAGAAAUUUAACUGGCUACUAGAAAAUAGUGGUGUCCUCAACUUGACUUCUAAUAAGAAAAAUGAGUAUUCUGAUUAUGAUAAAUCAAGAUCUUCAGAAACCUUGCUUGAAGCAGCCAAUGAAAAGAGAGUAUCCAUAGCACUGGAGAAAACUUCCCAAAUCCUUCAGGAUAUUGACUAUCUUCUGUCAAACUCUAAAAAGUGAAAAAUAGAAUUGUUACUGAGGGAGUAUUAGGGUUCCAAACAACAGCAGCUUCUCCCCUCCCCAACAGGGACCUAUGGACUUUUGGAGCCUGAAAAAGGGAACUGAGCUGAU